CCUUCAUCCUUGCUGACAGCUCCGCCCAAACCAGCUCAGAGGGCAGCGGUACACUUCGCUGUUGAAGCUGUUAGUUUAACAACACAUAUCAAGUUAAUAUGGUCGCCGCCUGAAAAAUAAAAAUAAAAGAGAGAGCGAGAGAGAGAGAGAAAGAUUAGGAAGAUGGCACAGAAAGACACGCUGAUGCAUCUCUUUGCUGGGGGAUGCAGCGGUACAGUGGGCGCCAUCGUGACCUGCCCCCUAGAGGUGUUAAAGACACGCCUGCAGUCGUCUGGUCUCACCCUGCGGCCUAUUUUCCAAGUUAACCUCGGCACUCUCAGCGGAACCGGCGUUAUCCGACCAGGGACUGUUACGCCCGGGCUUGUGCAAGUUUUACGAUCAAUUCUAGAAAAGGAAGGACCAAGAUCCCUUUUCCGUGGUCUGGGGCCAAAUCUAGUAGGCGUGGCUCCUUCAAGAGCUAUUUACUUUGCUGCAUAUUCCAAAGCCAAAGAGCUCUUCAAUGCGGUGUUGGUUCCCAACAGUGGUGCUGUGCAUAUGUCCUCAGCAGGUGUUGCAGCAUUUGUGACAAACUCUCUGAUGAACCCUAUUUGGAUGGUAAAAACCAGGAUGCAGCUUGAGAGAAAAGCCAGAGGAGAAAAGAAGAUGAAUGCCUUGCAGUGCGCACGCCAUGUUUACAGAACAGAGGGUGUCCGAGGUUUCUACCGCGGCCUCACUGCGUCCUACGCCGGCAUCUCUGAGACCAUGAUCUGCUUCCUCAUCUACGAGUCUCUCAAGAAACACCUGGCUGAGAACCAGCUAGCCUCCCCAAAUAGUGAAAAGGAGAAAGGAGCGUCCGACUUUCUAAGCCUGAUGGUAGCCGCUGCGUUCUCAAAAGGCUGUGCGUCCUGCAUAGCUUACCCACACGAGGUCAUUCGGACAAGACUGCGUGAGGAAGGCAGCAAGUACAAGCAUUUCUUUCAGACCGGAAGGUUAAUAGCUUUGGAGGAAGGCUAUGCAGCUUUUUAUAGAGGACUCAUUCCACAGCUAAUUAAACAAAUCCCCAACACAGCCAUCGUGCUUUCCACAUAUGAACUCAUUGUGCAUCUGCUGGGAGAGUCCAAGUAAAAAGGGCCAUUUGUAACUCGGGGCUUUUCUUGGCGAGCUCGGAACACCACACCGCCGCUGGACUCAUAGAGGAAAAAAAAGACUUUUUGAAAAUGCAGCCUGUUUAUUUUGUUUAGUGUGGUGCCACAGAGACUUCUAUUUUGAAAGUGAAGGUAUCGAAAGAGCUUCAAACACACUGUUUUACUGAAUGCUUGUUGUUUUUAAGACUUUAUCAAAAUAGAACAACAUUUUGUUAACCUGUGAAAAAAUGGUCAUCCUCUCAGAGGACAUGUGUGUAAGUUGACUAAAUUAUUUUGUCUUUUGUUAUUUAAUGACAUUUCUUUUUUUUGUUACCAGUGCUAUCCGUACCAGAUUACAUGAGAAAGAAGAGGUUGACUUGUGUAGUUAUUCUUUAUGAAGGGAAUUCAUCCAGUUAAUGUGCUAUAUUUCCAAAUUUAUUGAGCACACUUAUAUUUUAUUGGGCCAUUUUUAUUAGAUUUUCACAGAUCCAUUGUGCCUGUUUGGAGGGCAAAAUAACAGACUUGUCAUAUUUUUCUUUCAUCAUGCUUACCUCGUUGGCAUUUUUGUGUGAAAAACAAUGGUCCUAUUUUAUUUUACAAUAUGAGAAGUUUGAUGCUUAUUUGACCAGUGGAUCAAUAAAAUGCAUCAAGACA